AUGACGCAAAAGAGAAGCAAAGACAUUCUUCCUAGCUUACUUGAUGCACUUCCAUCUGCAAUAAUCCCUGACGAUGUCGACGUUGCAUCCAUUGCCAGUUCCUUUGCUAACUCUCUUGCGCGCUUGUCAGCAUCCGAUUUUGCCGAGGUCGCUAUCUGGCGAGAUUGUUUCGCAUUGACUGGAACUCCUCGGACAGUUUCCGAGGUCUAUCGCAACCGGUGUUUGGCGCGACGAGCCCAAUUGUUCAUCGUACAAGCAGACGAAGCACAUGUUGUGCGUAUUAGCCCAUCGUGUAGCUGGAUCGACGUUCCUUUCCGCUUCGAAGCCAAUGCCAGCCCUGCGGCAUGUUGUUCUGGUGUGCUCUCCUUGAUCCCAUCGGGCGAAAAUGGCGAUUACAGAAUCUGGAUGUUGCAGACUUUGCUGGAUCGAUUUAGGGAGUAUCCUAGUGUCGACACGCUUGAUACAACGACUCAACGCCCCUCUGUGGGUGAUUCCAUGACUGACUUUGACUGUCUAAUCGUAGGGGCUGGUCAUUCCGGCCUCAAUGUGGCCGGCCGGCUGAAAGCACUAGGGGCGUCUUAUCUCGUAAUAGACAAGAACCCACGUGUGGGCGACAACUGGCGUCUUCGAUAUGACUCUGCAAAAUUACACACGAUCCGCGACUAUUCCCAUCUGCCUUUUGAACGAAACUUCGCCCAUAUCGACCAUGAGUGGUUGACUAAAGAUGAUCUCGCGGAAGGGUUCGCCGCAUGGGCUGAGAAGUACAGGAUACGUAUAUGGACACGCAGCGAGCUACAAUCCGGUACGUGGGACGACUCGCACGCACAAUGGACCUUGAAGGUCAGACAGACCACAGCAGGUUCCGAACUCAUCAAAAUCCUUACGUGUCGCCAUGUUGUACUUGCCACUGGUGGACCGUGCAAUAAACCACACAAGCCUUUCUAUCCUGGGGAAGAGAGAUUCAAGGGAGUUGUCCAGCAUUCGGCGAGAUAUCAUAACGCGCGGAACUGGAAAGGUCAGCGAGGUGUCGUGGUUGGAACGGCCAACACUGCCCAUGAUGUCGCUGAAGAUAUGCUUGACGCUGGAAUGGCAUCCGUGACUAUGGUCCAACGCAGUCGGACAUAUGUACUUCCUCAGGAGUACUUGACCAAAGUCUGGAAACAAAUCCUGAAUGACCAUACACCACUCGAGACAUCCGAUCGUACACUCUUCGCGCGGCCAUUAGCAGUAAGCCGCCUUAUCACCAUGGCUGCCUUGAACUCCCAAGCAGAGGCUGAGCCUGAGCGGUUCGCAGCACUGGAGCGAGCUGGCUUCCGGACGGAACGCUACGGAGACCUCAUUUCGCUUCUCAGCGAGCGCUUCGGAGGCCAUUACCUGGAUACUGGUGCUUCUGCAAAGAUAGGGCAGGGCUUGAUCAAGGUCAAGUCCGACAGCCGCCUCGUGUCGUACGCUGAAGAUGGUCUCCUAUUCGAGGAUGGAACCCAUUUGCCGGCCGAUGUAGUUAUCUAUGCCACCGGGUAUACAGGAAGCCUCCGCGACUCGGUGCGAGAAUACUUCGGUGAAGGAAUCUAUGCGCAGGUGGAGGAUUACUGGGGCAUUAACCAAGAAGGCGAGCUCAAAGGCGCUUAUGUACCUACCGGACAUCCCGGCCUGUGGUAUAUGGGAGGAGGAAUGGGCCAGGCUCGGUUUUUUGCUCGCUUCGUGGCGCUGCAAAUCCUGGCGCAUCUGCUUGGAAAUCCAUUGCCAGUAUACUCUAAGACACCAGUUGUUGAGGGAGGUUGA